AUGUUGAGUCCGUCAGUAGUGAAAACAGUUUCGGAACUUCAAAUUUUGUUUAUUGAACAUUUAAACGAACUCAUUGAAACAGAAAGUACAUCAUUUUAUAAUGCAGAAUUAAUUCUUUUAAUUGAGGAAGUGAUAGAAUUGUGUGGAAAUUUGCUACAAUAUAAGAUAAGUACUAAACAUUUUUGUGAUCAUAUGUAUAUAGUGAAUUUGGGACUACAGUCAAAUAAAUUAGCAAAGGAAAUGGAAAACACAAAAGAGAAUCGUGCAUAUAUAGACCAUCAUGUUCUAGUCACCAAUUCUCUAUCAAAAAAAAAUGCUGAUUCCCAAAUAAGUGAUCAACCACCAAAAAAACCGAAAAUACAAGAAAGUAAUGUACAAAAAAAUUUACAACAAUCGAAAUUACCAAAACCUAUACUAGCACGUUGUAAGGAAUGUGAUGUCUGGUAUGCAAGAAAUAAAGCUAGUGCACAUUCACGAUCUAAUGUUCAUAAAACUGCAUUGCUUCAGAAAAAUGAUAAUGAUGAUGAUGAUGAUGAUCGUAAAUCAAUUAUUUUUGAUGGAAACAUGAAUCAACAAAUUGCUAUGGAACUUAUAAAAGCCAGAAAAGCUGUAAGACGCAAAUAUCAAGCUCUUAAAUCAGAUGUAGCAUCUAUGCAAGUUAGGCAGGAAAGGGGAUUAAAACCCAUUAUUGAACCAUUACAAGAACUAAUCAAAACUAUUAAAUCGGAACUACCCACAAAACAAGAACCAAAGUCGUUGUUUUCAACCCCUCAAAAAGACAAAUAUGACUAUUCUUUUCUAAAAGAAUCUCCCAAAAGAAGACAAACUAACAUUUAUCAGAAAUAUCUGCCCUCUACAAUGCCCUCGUUUUUGCAAGGUGAUGAUGUUUUCGAAAUAACGGAUAGUGAAGAUGUAAUUUCAACACCUGAACAAACCACAGAAGAUAUAACUCAAAAUAAUCUUGAAUUGACACAAACCCCAGCCUAUAAUGAUUAUCUUGAAACAUUUCACCCUCUAGUUAGAUCUUUUGUUGAUACAUCAAUCAAGCGUGAUAGAGAUUUAGAUCACACUCACGGUCUAAAACAUGAUGCAACCACUGAGAAAUGGAAAAUCGGAGAUACUUUUGACAAUUUUGAGCAAGAUAAUUUCAAAGUUCAAAAUAUAACCUAUAAAGGAGAAAUUAUGAUCCUAAUGAACUAG